AGGGCGCCGAGGGACCCGAGAGUCCUGGUCGGCCUCCAACCAAUCCUCAGAUCCUUCCCCCUGCAUUGCCAGAUCACAGACAUCCACCUUCCCCGCCCCCCAAAGCCCUCCUGAAAAAGUACUUUCAUCAAGAGGCUUUCCAGAGGAGAUAACUGAGAGACAGAGAAGUUGCGACUACUGAUCGAUGUAUUACAUGGAUCAUCUUCCCAAAACACUGCUCAGCGCGCCCCUCUCCUCUCCUAGAAGCCCUCUAAUGGUUGCCCAUCUCCUCCUGCGUCAGAGACCCUUACCAUUAAGGGACACAGUGGCCCAAACUGAGGAAUGAGGACAGCAAGAAAAGGGACCAGAGGAGAAGGAGGAGAAUUUGGUUGGCCCAUGUGCAUCAGUUUCAUGAGAACAAUGGGGGCCGGGGGGCCCCCCAUUAUGGGAUCAGCUGUGAGCGUGAAGUCAUCCUUUUGGCAUCUGGCUCCCAGCCUCAGACCUCCUGGAUCUUCAGUCUUCUAUGUGAGAUCCGGUUCCCCCGGCCCCGCCCCCGCCCGCACGGGCGCCCGCGGGAGAGUUGGCGGGAGGAGCGGCCGGCGGCCACGGGUUUGGAGAGCGGGGCCUCCCCCGGGGGAGCCGAGCGGGACUGGUCCCGUCCACUCUGUGAGAGCCGGAGCCGCGGGACGUCAGCUGAGAUGGACACCUUCAGCACCAAGAACCUGGCCAUACAGGCCCAGAAGAAACUCCUGAGCACGAUGGCAUCCAAGGCGGUGGUGAGCGCCUUCAUUGACGACACGAGUAGCGAGGUCCUCGAUGAACUCUACCGUGUCACCAAGGAGUUCACGCGGAACCGCAAGGAGGCACAGAAGAUUGUGAAGAACCUCAUCAAGAUCGUCAUGAAGCUGGGCGUCCUCUACCGGAAUGGGCAGUUCCGCCCAGAGGAGCUGGCGCUCCUGGAGCGGCUCCGCAGGAAAGUGCGCCAGCUGGCCAUGACCGCCGUCAGCUUCCACCAGAUAGACUUCACCUUUGACCGGCGGGUCAUGGCCACCGGCCUGGCCGAGUGCCGCGACCUGCUCCACCAGGCCGUCAACACGCACCUUACGGGCAAGUCCCAUGCCCGCAUCAAUCACGUUUUCAACCACUUUGCGGACCCAGAGUUCCUGGCUGCGCUCUACGGCCCCACUGAGCCCUACCGCACCCACCUGCGGGGGAUCUGCGACGGCCUCAACAAAAUGUUGGAGAAUCAGAGUCUAUGACGUCCACCCACGGCAUGGUGUGGUGUGGCAGCCAUUUUGCUGUUGUUUUCUCCCAGUCCCCAUUUAGCCAGCCUUCUCUUCUACCACUCUUCAGGGUGGGGAGCAGAACGUCCACCCCUCGCUUUUCCACUGGACGAGACCAGGACUGCCAGAUCCUUUGGGAUGUUCAGAAAUGAUGUGCACGUGUGUGGGGGUGGGGGGAGGGCAGUUCUCAUGG